AUGGUGCGUCGGAUGAAUAAAAAGUCCCCAAAAAAGGCUCUGUCUACUAAAGCGACCAUCUCCUGCUACUCCGAGAGCACGAGCCAGGCCCCAGAGCGAGCCGGCUCUAUUGCAGAUAGCGUCGAGAGCGGCGGCUCUACUCAAUCAGACUUUGCCAGCGCGGCUGGAUCACCUAGUCAGACCGCCCAAGAGUCACCAUCACGCACUAGAUGCAGUAGUGAGGGAGACAUGCUAGCAACUUCCACACCGGACCAUGGCUGUAAAACAGUGCUGUCACAGAAACUGAGGUCUGACGCACCUUUGCUUCGAAUUAAAGCCCAAAUAAGAGCCGCGUCUGAAGCGAACAUUGAGAGGAGCUUAGUUCAGGCUGAGGAGCCUAAAGAAGCAGGCGGAGACGAGGAUUCAUACUUCGUCUCCGACAUAUCUGCCGUGGGUGGAGGCGCUCUCCAUGAGAUGCCUCGCCUGGCAAAUACUUUACUACAAAAGACAAAGUCAAGGCUGGAGGAGAGCCGAAACAUAAGUAGAGAGAUACGGGAGGACGUAUGCAGCGGUCUGCACGGCCUCCACGAAAUGAUAAUGCGACUGGCCGACUCACGCAACCGCCACAUAGCGGACAAGGAGAGAGCUAAAGUCAGCUAUGAGAGGCGCAUAAGCCAAAUGGAGGCCAAGCACACCGCUGCAUGGAAGGCGCAUGUAGGCUCGUUAGAGGAAGCUCACAAGGAAGCAACUAUGGCAAUUAAAGCCACACAGAAAGAGACAGAGGCGGUCCGCUGGAUUGCGCUAGAGGCAGAAGAGUUAUUGAAGGAGCACGCUAAGACUUUAGAAGGCAAAUCUCUGAAGGAGAAUGCUCCUGCAAUACCUAGCGAGCCCUUGGACGCAAUCCAGUGUGACAUAGCCCUGCUCAGACUGGAGGUCGGUAACCUGAGCCAAGCUAUUCUAGAGAGCACCCCUCCAAAACAGACACAAAGUCCCUCUAGUGAGUUUCGGCACAUAGAGCGAAUAGGAAACCCACGAGAGGUAAAAACAUAUGCUGGAAUAGUAUCGCAGCCCAAGCCGGAGACUAGACAACAGUUCCCCUUGUUAGUGGAGUCUACCGACCCCCGUGACACUGGCGAUGAAGUUAUUAAAAAACUCAAAACCAGUGUCAAUGUCAUCGAAUUAGGGGUCGGCAUAGGCUCCAUUCGCAAGAGGAAGAAUCAAAAAGUCCUGGUCGCCUGCGACUCAAAACAAGAGAGGGACAUUAUGGAAAAAGCCAUCAGGGAGGGCCCUAGAAAACUGACAGUUUCCCAGAUAAAAGCCAAGAAUCCACUCUUGAAAUUAACCGGAGUGAUCCGGGAAACUACCGACAAGAACCUGGAAGAGGCCAUCCUUAAUCAGAACAGGAGUCUACUGGUAGAUAUUGCUAACCAGGAAGAGCGUGCUGUAAGGGUGGUGAGACGGACAAAAGGACGCACUACAGAAAUCUGUAACGUCGUCAUAGAAGUCUCACCAAGCCUCCACAGAUCGCUAAGAGACCAGAAACUUAGGAUAGGCUACCAGGUUAUCCCAGCUUCGGACCAGUCGCCAAUUGUGCAAUGCUUCCGGUGCAUGGGCUUUGGCCACUUCGCAAAGGAGUGUCACAGCCAUCAGAUCUGUGGACACUGCGCUGGAGCCCAUGAUUCGCGGGAAUGCCUGAAUAAGUCGGAAGCACCACAGUGUGCUAAUUGUACGAGUAAAGAGGCUAAACACCCAGCAUACAGCCCAACUUGCCCAGAGUGGCAAAGAUGGGACAGGAUAGCCAGAAGUUCAGUGCAAUAUUGCUGAAAUUGGCGACUGGGA